CUAUUAAUUGCUUGCUGCAUCUGAAAGUUAUGUUUUCUAACACUUAACUCUAUCAAAUAAACACAUUCCACUGCUGCAUAGUGAUGGCUAAAAACGAUUUGAAGCUUUUGGGUGGGUGGUUCAGCCCUUUUGCCCUAAGGGUGCAGAUUGCCCUUAACCUGAAGGGUGUAGAUUACGAGGUUAUUGAAGAGACCUUGAAUCCCAAAAGUGAACUUCUUCUUAAGUCCAAUCCUGUGCACAAGAAAAUCCCAGUUCUCCUUCAUCAAGAUAAAGUCAUAUGUGAAUCUGCAAUCAUAGUCGAAUACAUCGAUGAAGUUUGGACCCAUGCUCCCUCCAUCCUUCCACAAAAUGCCUAUGAUCGAGCUAAUGCCAGAUUUUGGGUUGCUUACAUCGAUGACAAGUGGUUUUCGGCCUUGAAAAGUAUUCUAAAUGCUGAAGAGAAUGAUGAAGCAAAGGAGGCACAGUUUGAGCAAGCAGAAGAAGUGUUUGAGAGGAUGGAAGAAGUGAUGAACAAGGGCAGUGAAGGAAAGGCCUUUUUCGGAGGAGACACCAUUGGAUUCAUUGAUAUUGGUUUUGGAAGCUUUCUGAGUUGGAUCAGAGUGGUGGAAAAGAUGAAUGCAAGAAAAUUGAUUGAUGAAAUCAAGCACCCUGGCUUGUUCCAAUGGACUGAAAAUUUUGCUGCUCAUCCUGCUGUCAAUGGCCUUAUACCAGACACUGACAAACUUAUUGAAGUUGCCAAGGCUUUUAAGCAAAUAUUAAGGGCUCGUGCAGCUGCAAACUAAAUGGAAAUUUAGAAAUUUUAGUUGUUUUUGGUUCUAACUUUAUUGGCAUGAACUUAGUUUUAAAUAAAACUAAAAAAAAAGGGUUUAAAAACAAAUGAGGUUACUGGGAAUUUCUUUGUUCUUGAGUUUAAGGAUGUCUUCCAUCAGAGAGUUCCAAUCUCACUUUGAGAUUAGAAAUGUAGGCUUUGGAAGGAAAUUAUGUGGAAUCUAUUUGUGUUGUUUUCUUAGGUUGUAGUAGUAUAAAAUAAUGAAAAAAUAACAGUUGUCUUCCUGGAACCUUCUUUCAA